UAGUAUCAAAAAAGAAUUUUCCGCAAAAAAUUUCCACUUUAGAGCUGCAGACAAAAUACCUCCGGACAGAAGACCUACAACCAAAAUACCUACAGACAGAACCAUAGAUUUUUGUCCUGUUCAAAUUUUUUCUUUAUGUUGUAGGGAUUUUUUUCUAAAUUUAGCUAUGCUGUCAAACGUUCUCUUCACUAACAGCAAAAAUCUAAACAAACGGCGUUUUUUACGAACAAAACAAGAAAAGUAUUUUGCAACAGUUCCUGGACUACGAGAACAAUUAACAAAUCAAAGCGAGCUUAGUCAUUGGCUUGUUGGUUCAUGUGCAUUAGAGCUUUUUGGUAAUCAUCGUCUUGCGGACUUUUUUAAAGAUGAUUUUGAUGGACGAGGAGUUAUUUGGCGUUUUCAAAUGUACAACAAAAGGGUGAAGGGAGAUAAGGACCGCAUACGGAUGCAUGGGAGAUAUUACAACAAUAUUUAUUUGGGAAAACGUAUCUUUGGGCCAGCGCGUAAACAAGUGUUUAUGUACACUAUCGUGGGUGGCAUGGAGCGUCGCUUUGAGAUUGUUGACAAUCAAGUUAAUCACAUCCAGUUCACCCAUGAGCAUUCAGACAAGUUUGUUGAAAAGUGCAGGAACCAAAGCAUUAAAUGCAAAGAUCAAUCACGUGUUAUUCUUAGUUACCCCGAAGAGCCGUCGUUAGAUUCUUUUAUUCAUGCUAAUUGUGUCAACUCGCCACUACUUUUCAAUGAUUUUAUUAUUACUCAGGCACCUAUGGACAAUACCAUUAAGGAUUUUUGGCGGAUGAUUUGGCAGGAGCGUGUUUGCUUCAUUUUUAUGCUUAUUAGUCGGAGCGACACUCGUCGUUGCGCUAAAUAUUGGCCUGAGACUGUUUCUUCGAAUCCGUUUCAGUUCCAUGGGUUAGUUAUUUGGAACGAGGGCUUUGAGCCAUCGGGAUCGCGAGACCCUUUCUUCAAUGUUACAAAGCUGAGGAUUGUUGGCCCAAAUGACAAGGAGCUUCGUCUCGAGCACUGGCAAGGCGACUUAAAUAACUCACAGGAUUUGGAUGCGCCUCUACGUCUACUUCGACUUUCUAGGACUUGUACAACUCCUACUGUUAUUCACGACCAUUUGGGAAUUAGCCGAGCGGCAUGCCUUGUUGCAAUCGAGCUUACCAUAUGUCAACUUCUUCGCGGGCCUAUGCACAAAUAUACUGUCCAGCAGUCGGUUCAUUAUUUGCGGUUUUUCCGCCCUUUUUCUGUGGAGACACCAAUGCAAUAUAUCUUUAUCCAUCGAGUUGUUCAACAUUUUUUGCGACCUUUUGUUGGUAUUCCAGAUGGUUUUGACCAGGACUAUGUGCGUUGGAUGGAUGAGCGUUCACAGCGUCUUUUUAUCGAUAGUAUGAACUCGGAGGUUUGAAACAAGUUCGGCUCUCCUAAUUUUCUAUUUAAGAUUCCUGCUUUUCGUCUUUUAUCGCCGAAAGUCGAUCCUGAUUUGUUGCCAUUAGUACGCCAUCGUGAGCGGCCAGAAUUGAGACGUGAAUUGCAUGCACAUGUUGGGGAAUUGCCAUUACCAGCAGAUAUAGGAGUUGUUCAUCAAACGGCGCAUGAAUAUCCUGAAGAGCAAAAGAAUCCUCUUGCAAACAUUCAAUUGCCUAAACGUUAUCCUCGCGGAAAACGCUAUGACUGAUUUUAUUGAAUAGGAAUUUCUCAUUAAUUUUUUAUUAGGUAC